AUGAAAGUCGUGGCGAAUCAUUAUUACAUUCGAAUUCGACAGAGUUUAAAUCGAGCUGCUGAAUUUCUCUCAGAUCUAGCAAUGUCAACAUCAGGAAUAUCAGUGAAUCCAGAAGUUCCAGUCGUGUUUUUGCAGUUGUCUGAAGGGAAGAAAUUUCGCUAUAUUUGCUUCAGAAUUGAUGAUAGUGAAAUUCUUGUAGAUACAGCAGUUGCUGAUGACGAGCUUAAUUUAACAGUAGAAGACUACGUGAAUGAUUCGAAAGAGGCAUUUGAAGUGUUUAUUCAGGAUCUGAAGAAAAGAACUAAUAGUUUGACUGAUUGUCGCUAUGCGGUUUUUGACUUCAAAUUCAUGAUAACGAGAUUGGGCGCAGGCAGUUCAAAAAUGGAUAAAAUUCUUUUUUUUCAGUUAUGUCCUGAUGGAGCGACUGUCAAAAAGAAGAUGAUUUAUGCUUCUUCUGCUGCAGUUAUUAAGUCUGCUUUAGGAAGUGAAAAAUUCAUUUCUUUUCAGGCAUCAGGGGUAAAAAUUGACGCAAGCUGUAAGAAAGCGUAUGAUGAUUUGCAUAAUAAACAUCUUCAUUCAUACAUCAUCUUUCGAAUUUCGGAUGAUGAUACAACGAUAAUUGUUGAUAAAAUCGGUGACAAAGGGGCACCGUAUUCGGCCUUUGUCGAGGAACUUCGAAAAAGUGUCGGAGAUGGUAAAGAAUGCCGCUAUGCAGCGGUCGAUGUCGAAGUGCAGGUACAGCGACAAGGAACAGAUGGUUCUUCUCGACUUACAAAAGUCGUUUUCGUGCACUGUCCGGACGAUGCACCAGUACGUAGGCGUAUGUUAUACGCUUCCUCGGUACGUGCUUUGAAAGCUACACUUGGUUUGGAAAGUCUAAUGCAGGUGCAAGCUAGCGAUCUGUCCGAUAUCGAUGAAAAAGCUAUUAAACAUGAACUGAUGAGCCACCAACGUACAUAA